AUCUUCUCUUAAAAACCCUAAAUUUCCAACAAAAAACUUGACCCAUUUCCCAUUUCAAUUUCACUAAAGUAAUGGGCUAAUGGGUUUGUUGUGAAAUUAGCAAAUUAUUAAAAAGUUGAGUGCUUUAUAUAUAUUUAUAUAUAAAUUUCUAUAAAUAUAUAUAAAAAAAGAAAAGGAGAAAAAGAAUUGGAUUUGGAUGGUUUGGGUGAAAUGGGGACAUGGAAAGAAGCAUAUAGAGGAAUGUCAAGUGAUAAUAUAAAAGGAUUGAUAUUAGCAUUGUCUUCUAGUUUGUUUAUUGGUGCUAGUUUCAUUGUUAAGAAAAAAGGUCUUAAAAGAGCUGGUGUUUCUGGCAUUAGAGCAGGAGUUGGUGGAUAUUCAUACUUAUACGAGCCUCUAUGGUGGGUAGGCAUGAUAACGAUGAUUGUUGGAGAAAUCGCAAAUUUUGCUGCUUAUGCAUUUGCGCCAGCUAUUCUGGUCACUCCUCUUGGGGCACUUAGCAUUAUUAUUAGUGCGGUACUUGCACAUAUCAUAUUACGAGAGAAGCUUCACAUUUUUGGAGUUCUUGGAUGUGUUCUAUGUGUCGUGGGUUCCAUCACGAUCGUUCUACAUGCUCCUCAGGAACGUCCUAUUGAAUCAGUGACAGAAGUGUGGGAUCUUGCUACCGAGCCAGCUUUUGUUCUAUAUGCAAUACUGGUGUUGAUAGCUGUUAUGAUUCUUGUAUACCACUAUAUACCAUUAUAUGGUCAGACACACAUAAUGUGCUACAUUGGAGUUUGUUCGCUAGUAGGGUCUUUGUCGGUGAUGAGCGUGAAAGCUAUUGGCAUUGCUUUGAAGCUUACUUUGUCAGGAACAAAUCAGCUAGUAUAUCCCCAGACAUGGGCUUUUACCUCCAUUGUUUUGCUAUGUGUCAUAACCCAAAUGAAUUAUUUGAAUAAGGCACUUGACACAUUCAAUACAGCUGUUGUCUCUCCCAUAUACUAUGUUAUGUUUACAUCUCUUACGAUCUUGGCAAGUGUAAUCAUGUUCAAGGAUUGGGAUAGACAGGAUCCUACCCAGAUUAUAACAGAAUUGUGUGGAUUUGUGACAAUCCUUUCUGGAACCUUCCUUCUCCACAAAACCAAGGACAUGGUUGAUGGUCCAAUACCCCUGUCAGUGCGAUCUCCAAAGCAUAUGGAGGAUGUUGAAGAUGGUAUGGAUCAUGAAAGCAUCCCCUUGACCUUAAGACGACAAGACACUAGUUCUAUGAGGUCUUCAUAAUGUAUUCUUUAUCACUUUCUUCUUCAUCUCAUAUUUGUACAAUUUUUCAUACUCGACCCACCAAAAUCAUGCUGUUCCCUGUGGAUACAGCAGACACUAAAGGAAAUUGUUCCCUGAGCAUGUUGUUUAGCUAGGAAGAGAUCAGUUUUGGAAAUUGGGAACAUCCUCAUGUAAUUUGUAAGCAAAUUGGUUAUACAAAAUGUAUCCCCCUUGCCUUCCA